AGCAGCGAGCGUCUCAUCGAGAACGAGCCAGAGCGGAGCCCAAGAGGAGCUAAACAUGGCGACCUCGAAUAAUCCGCGCAAAUUCAGCGAAAAGAUCGCGUUACACAAUCAGAAGCAAGCGGAAGAGACAGCUGCGUUCGAGGAGGUGAUGAAAGACCUGAGUAUUACUCGGGCGGCCCGUUUACAGUUACAGAACACUCAGUAUUUACAGCUUGGUCAGAACCGAGGACAGUACUAUGGCGGCUCUUUGCCAAAUGUCAAUCAGAUUGGAAACACCACUAUUGACCUUCCCUUUCAGACGCCUUUUCAGAAUUCAGGAUUGGACACAAGUAGAACAACUCGUCACCAUGGGCUGGUGGACAGGGUCUACCGGGACAGGAAUCGCAUCACGUCGCCACACCGCAGACCUCUCUCUGUGGACAAACAUGGCCGUCAAAUUGAUAGCUGUCCGUAUGCCUCUGUGUAUCUGUCACCCCCACCUGAUACCAGCUGGAGGAGGACCAACUCAGACUCUGCCCUGCACCAGAGCACUUUUAACCCAAACCCACAAGAUGCAUUUGCAGGAGGAUCUCAAGAUUUGCAGCCAAAACAAGUUCUUCUUCUCACUAUGCCAGGAACAGGGGAAUCUGAGAGUGACAUGGACAAAGAAGGUCAAAAGCAGAUAUGGGAUCACAAAAAGACUACUUCAACAAGGCCCAAGUCAAACAAAAUACCUGGAAUCAACAUAUUUCCAUCUCCAGAUCAGGAAAUGACUACAUCUCUAAUCCCAGUGGCACACAACACGGGUGGCUCUCUGCCAGACCUGACCAACAUCCAGAUUCCCCCUCCUCUCCCCACACCUCUGGACCCUGAUGACUCUUCUUCCUCUCUCAGUACCUCCAACAGCACUGGCAACCUGGCCAACACUCACAUGGGCCUCACUUCUGCCAGCCAAGCCCAGCCCACAGUGACAGUGAGCAUUCAGCGCCGGCAUGAGAAUGUAGUUCCUCUGAUCCUCAACACAGACUCCCAGCAGCACCCGAGUUUUCAGCAGCUGUCGCCCACCCUCUCUCCUCCGCUUUCUAUAGCACAGGCAGUGACGAUAGACGCCAUGUCGCUGGAGCAACAGUUGGCUCAGUAUGCUUUCUUCAGUCAGCCGUCCACACAGACACAGGGGGUCGGUGGGCUUCCUCAGCUCCAGCAGAACACCCAGCUGCCACCUGUCUCAUGCAGCCAGACACAAACCUCUGUGGGCAUUGAUAUUAACACGGCUGCUUCCCUCCAGCAGUACCGCUGUAGGGUGGGGUCUUCGGCCAAUCAGUCUCCAACUUCUCCGGUCUCCAAUCAAGGCUUCUCUCCGGGGGGCUCGCCUCAACACUCAUCCAUUUUCGGAAGUGUCUUUGGUGAUGCCUUUUACGACCAGCAGUUGUCCCCUCGGCAGACCAGCGCUUUGUCUCAGCAGCUGGAGCAGUUCAACAUGAUUGAGAAUUCCAUCGGCUCAAGCAGUCUGUACACUGAGGGAUCCACUCUAAACUACUCUCAAGCUGCGAUGCUCAACCUCACCGGGAGCCACGGCAACAUGCAGGACGCGCAGCAGCUAGGCUACAGCAGCCAUGGGAACAUCCCCAACAUCAUUCUCACAGUUACAGGAGAGUCUCCCUCGAGCCUAUACAAAGAGUUGUCCAACUUUCUGACAGGUGAUGUGAGCUUUGACGCAGAUUCACAGUUUCCUCUGGAUGAGCUGAAAAUCGAUCCGCUGACGCUGGAUGGCCUGCACAUGCUCAACGAUCCAGACAUGGUUCUGGCUGAUCCCGCCACAGAAGAUGCUUUCCGGAUGGACAGGCUGUAAUCUUUAGGUAUACGAUGUUCAUUUGUCCUUUUUUGAGAUCAGUGUGAUUAAGUGGGAGAGAAGCAGCAUGUCUGGGGGACACUUGACCCUGUUUCUCAAAGCCCAUCCUCUGGGAAGAUAUUGCUGAGAAUGUUGCCACAGCAUGCUAGGGGAAAAAUGGAAAAACAGUGCUGCCACAUCUAAUGAAUCAACCUUUUGAGCAAGCAGCCCAUCGUUUCUUAGGAUAAUACACUCGCACCUCAGCAAUUGUGGUUCCUUUAGCUCUAUAGAGUGAAUGUGACACUACAUAAGAUCCCUCAAUGUUCAAGCAUGCGUUCUUCCAUUUCAUUUCCUGUAGAAGCCUCUCCUCCUCCUUCUGAUGCCUGCCAUACAUGCCUGUUACUUUCCUUUUUUCUUUAAAUAUAAAUAUUUAGUUAUGCACUUUUAUACAUGCAUAUGCCACAAAAAAACAUAGUUUAUGAUCUGUUUUUAAUUUAUUUUCCUAUACAAAUAUUUCUUGCUUGUAAGAACAUUGUUAAAAAGGAGUGUUAUACCUCCCCUAUUUAAGGGCAGUUUUCAUGCACCUGCAACACGUUUAUCUUUACACAUCAACACUAAUGUACUUCAGUGCAGUCUGAACAUAUGAUUGUAAUGUUUAAUAGAUGUCUAGUUUUGUCACGUUGUGCUCAGAUAGUGGUACAGUGCUAAUGUGGCUCAAGAUGAUCAAAUUCAUCUGGUUGAAAAGUGUACAACUGGAAAUCUUAAUAUCAGAAGACACAUUUACACAUUUAAUGGGAUUAUUCACCAAAAAAUGAAAGUUCUGUGAUCAUUUGCUCACUCUCGUGUUGUUUCAAACCUGUAUGACUUUCGUCUGUGGAAAAAAGUAUUUUUAAGAAUAGUGGCGUAGCGCAUAUCUGUGAACCCCCCCUGCAAAAAAUGAGAUUGGACCCCUCCCACCAGCAAUGAUGUCAUGAAUCAAAAUGUAUUGUGCACCUGCUGCAACAUACUCUUUCUCUCCCAUUUACUGAUUUAACAGUAAUGAAUGUGGUGAAUUAUCAUUGCAUCGAUGCAUUUGACAUUGUUAAAUAACAUGCAUAUUUGAUAUAGCUUUUUAGUCAGCCUGAAAUCCCUGCAGGAAUAACAAUUUUGUCUAUGCACGUAGAGGCAAAAGUGCAAAUAGUAGGAGAAUCCUUCAACAAAAAUAAUAAUACACAAACAUCUGUUAUAAGCCCCGGUCUACAUAUUUUAUACAGUAUACAGUAAGCACAAUAAAAUUUAAGUUCAAAUGCUGGCCUAGAUCAGCAUCGCUAAUUGUAGAAAGGAAAUUAUACAAGCAAAAUUCAUGUCUUGCAGUAAGAAAAUGACCAGUAAAAAGUCUAGGAGAAAAACAUACAUUAAAGAAUAACUCUGUACUUUAGGAUAUAUGCUGCAUUUUGUGAAUUUUUUUUUUUACUUUUUAGGGGCACAAAGUCUUUCACUGCAGCUUUAAUGUCGAUGUUGCGAGCUCGGGCAUUCUCAGUAGUCAGAAGAGAUAAACUGGACAGUCUUUCUUGUAACAUUGUGUUCCGGAGAAAGUCUUGAUCACUUUCAAUUUCGAGAACGAACAAUAGCAGUUGUAUGGCAAAGUCUGGUGACAAGCUGUCAGUGUACUGAACCGCUAAAGCAUUUGCCAUUUGAAACCGGUUAUUGUCAGAGAAGGACCAGGGCACAGAAAGUGUUUUUUUUUUUUUUUUUUUUGUGUCAUCAAAGUAGCUAUACUGAAUUUGGUCUUUUAAUGUGUUAAUGCAUUAAGCCACAUUAAGCGUAAUGUGCUUCAUGUAGUAACAUCUACAUUAAUUUUAUUUAAAAAAUCUUAUAACAUUAUACAUAUAUUAGGUUACACCAACAAACCUAAAUGUAAGGGUAAGAACAGGUAGAAAUAGCUCUUUAA